UGGUGGGGGAUGGGGGACACGAAACCGAUGUCGAACUGGGCAGUCCUUCACAUGCAAAUUCCUAAUUCCUUAUAUGUACCAUAUUUCCGUCAUUUUUUUUUUUUGUUGCAGAGUUGCAAAUCUUUAUUUAUAAAUUCCACAGUAGUAUCUUGAGACUUGUGAGGUGGGGGGGGGAUGGGGGACACAAAACCAGUGUCGAACUGGGCAGUCCUUCACAUGCAAAUUCCUACUUCCUUACCAAAUACCGGUAAAUUUUCCUCCUUCAAUUACUUGGAGCGGACAUUACGUUGUUUCGGUCGAGACCGUAAAACCGAACACGUUCAAAUUAUUUCAGUACCGCGCGUUCCGGUCCAAGACCGGACGUCUGGGCAAGCCUACCGACACUCCCGACACGGUCCUACCUUGCAGCUCUUCUAGCUAAAUGACUAGCUCCUCCCCCAGGCUGAUAGCGCACAUUCAUUCACUCUUACCCCCCAUUCACGCUGUGAAAGAUUCGGUUGAGCAGUUAGCAGGAGCCCGUUCGUUCUCUAUGAGAACGAAUGGGCUUUCAGUUUCGGACUCCCUGUUUCUCCAACCGACAUGAUACCAUUUUGUGAAUAAUUGUUUUGCCUGGCUUCACUCAUUUCAAUGGACGAGCAGCUAAAAACUUAAAAAAGAUGGGCAGUAGAGGGGCCUCUAGUGGCGCAGCUGCACGUCUCUCCCUCUCUCUCCUCCUGAUUCUUCCUGUCUCUUUACACACUGUUCUAUCAAAAUAAAAGCCCAAAAAUAAUAGGCAGCAGACGAUUUGGCAAAUGUGUGGCGUGUCCAACCAAAAUCCGCCACGUACACACCAGAACAUGUUGAGUUUUAUGCACCACUGGAAGGGCUGGCUAUUGUUAGCAAUCUACCUGUCUCUCUCUCACUAGCAAGAUAACGUUAGCUAUUGAGAGACAUGGAGAGAUUGCUAGCUCUUGCCCCUCCCUCAGCCUCAUAGGCUUGAGCGACCCAUCAACCAAAUCGCUCGCUAUACGCACGCGGGGUUUCCGUCCACUUACACAUGUCCGCGUGUACCAACUUGUAUAUCUUGUACAUAACGUAUGUCAUUUUGCGCGCGCAAAGAAGCCCAGUCGCGUCUCGAUUGGGCGCGAAAGAAUCGAGAAGCAAGACGAGGAACUGGGGGCUGGAAUUUUCUUUUCCCCCUCGCUUCGAUACUGUGCACCCACAAAAAGAGAAAAAAAUAUAAUAAUUUCAACCUGAAUUAUUCUCCCCCCACCCCACCCCACCCCACCCCACCCCACCAAAAAGUGUGCCUAAUGACCCGAUAUUUUAUUAAGAGAAUGCUCUGUGGACUUGGUACAUUUCUAUGGUAUAUGUAAAUAUUUGCUUUCUGUACUGAGCAACUCUGCAGCUGGUCUUGUGUGCAGUUGUGUCAUCAUUGUAAAAAAACAAAAACAAAACUCAUGCUUCCAACUCUUGUAAAUACUUCCUUUUUCUCCCCCCCCCCUAUGAAACCGCUUAAAAGCGCCAUGCCUUUUUUUUCUGCAGUGGGAUUAAAGUUCAGUUAGAAACAAGUUAGCGCUCUGACGUGUCCAGUGUUAUUAGCACGCCAGCUUUCCCGUUUUCUCGAACCCUUUCGGUCUACGAUCGAAUAUCGACCUGCAGUCACUUCUCUUUCUUUUGAAAAACCGCCGUACUCUGGGUUUCUGUGCCAAGGUUAACCCUGUUGUUGCUCAGCUAACACAAAACGUUCUCACAACGUUGCUGCCUUCAUGUUACAACAACGGCAGACCAUUCCAGUAACAUCUAUUCACCAUUGACUACCUUACCGCUGCCAGCUCGCUUAUAUGCUGCAAAGAUGGCAUGCAGACGCUUGGUGAAUGAGAUUAUCUGAGGACUCGUCCACCUGUCAUACAAUUGCUAUGACAACAGUCAAAUCAAUUUAACCUGGUUUCAGUUAGUGGCUGUGACAAGACUGACCCUUGUAUGGUAUUGUCAAAGUGUUUAUUUUUUUCACAAAGGCACACAUUUAUGUCUCUUAACUUUGAAUCAGUAGUAAAUGUCAUACAAAUUUAUUUAUCAUGUCACUAAUGGUCCCUUUGGGGGUGGAAUUCAACAGACUUUGCUGUCCUUGAAACCAAUUUAAACAUAAUAGCAUUUAACUAAUUAGAACAUGGUAUAUGAGAGGGGACAGGUAUCGGAAUACUUUUUCAUGAUAUUAAGAAUACCGGCCUGCAGCAUGUUUCAAAAACGUUCAGUCGGUUUCCUCUUCUGCACAAAGUGAAAAAUACAGUCUAGUGCAUCCGGGGCAUGUGAUUGGCUACAUGUAGAACUGCACACAUCAGGAGUGUCAAACUGAAUCACUAGGGUGCCUGCAGAUUUACGUGAUUUCCGUUCAAUCAGCUGCCAGUUAAUGCCUUGAGAAUCGCAUCUACCUAAUGGUUAGUUUCAGAGGCCAGGGGUCCGCAGUUUCACCAUUUAGGAGCAUAUUGAUUCACCCCAGUCUUUAAUUUGAUUUGUUAAAAAAUGUUUAGGCCUACCUCUUUUUAUGUAGCCUAAUCUACAGGCUGUAGCUAUCAGCAAAUGGGACUGCCUUCUGCAUUUGCGCCUCGAUUUACGGCCUGCUCUUUAAAGGCGAAGAACUUUCACACAAAAUCGACCUUGUUAAUUGCCCGAACUUCUGUAAAUUCGAUGGAAUAGGCCUACGUAAUCAGACACACUUACAAUAGCCUAUCUCCGCCCGUUAUCGCGACCCUCCAUUAAACGCAUGUGCAAUAAGGUGAGAAGCCAACCGUGCAAUGACUCACACGCUUCCAGCCCCGUGCGACUGUUUGACACAGACGUAUCUAUGGUUUGACACAUAUGACGCAUGUUUCUGGGGCGGAAUGCGUCAUAUCUGCGCCUGAAACGUCACAGAAAGCUUAGUAAAUACGGCCUAAAGAGUUUUCAAACAGACCUAGGUUAAAUUUGUAAAUUAAUCCAAAUAUUUAUUGUAACAAUCUGUGAAUUUAGUAUACAAGCAUUCAAUAGUUAUUCGUUUUUUUGUUGCUGGUCAGGAGGAUAUUCACAAAAAAUGUUCACUUAAUCCUCGAUACAACAUGUACACGUUUGAAAUAAUACCUAAAAAAAAGUGAAAAAUGAACAGAUUGUUCAAUUCUGGGAUUAGAAUCGGCAUACACAGGGGUUCCCAUGACCGAGUUUGAGAACCACAGCGGGAAAUUUUGGAAGUGGUCUUGCAAGGAUUAACUAGCAACAUCGUGUGCUAGGACAGAGUCGCCAACUGUAGCCUACUUAAAGGAGUUUAUACUUUUCAUAUGAAUAUUUAUUUGCAGAAUGAAAAUAUGCCAGGAACAUAAACGGAACCACUUUUUGAGUCGUAUGAUUUCCGUCAGAUGAAUCGUGUGGACAUACACAAUGGCUUUGAACAAUGCAGAAUUGGAACAUGAAGUUCACGUGCACUUAAAAAUACGUGUAUCUCAUAAUUGAUAUUACGCGGUCGACUUCACCUCUUGGUAAACAGUGAGAAAUAACAAAGAAACGUUUUCAUGUAAAGACAGUUUGCAAAGGGAGGACAGUCGUCAGUUCAGGAGAGACAUUCCUCCCUCUAUAAAAUACCAAGGAGUAGUUGGGAGAACACGCUCAAAAGCAGCGAUAAUGAUUAUACCCUUCGGAGUAUGAGCAAUCUGAUGGGCGAGAGGAGGAAGAAAGUAAGAGAUGACGGAGAACGGAGUCUCAUCAAAGCCCCUUCAAAUGCGAGCAUCAACAGCCAGGGACCCGCCGCCGCCUCUACCUCCGCCGGGGACUUGGAGCGAGCGGCGCGCAAGCAGUUCCAGCAGGAUGUCACGCCCGCCUUCGUUUAUGUCCUGGCGGCGUUCUCCGCGCUCGGCGGCUUUCUGUUCGGUUACGACACCGGGGUGGUGUCGGGAGCGAUGCUGCUGCUCAAGAGGGAGAUGAAUCUGAGCGCUCUUUGGCAGGAGCUGUUGGUCUCCAGUACUGUGGGCGCCGCGGCGCUCUCCGCCCUGGCUGGCGGGUUUCUUAACGGGAUUUUCGGGCGCAGGGUGUGCAUUCUGCUCGCUAGCUUCAUCUUCUCCACCGGCGGAGUGGUGCUGAGCACUGCCCCGAAUAAGGAGGUCCUUCUAGUCGGACGCAUUAUAGUUGGUCUAGGAUUAGGCAUCGCCUCCAUGACGGUCCCGGUGUACAUCGCCGAAUCCUCGCCCCCCCAGCUGAGGGGCCAGCUGGUGACCCUCAACACGCUCUUCAUCACGGGCGGCCAGUUCGUCGCCAGCCUGGUGGACGGCGCCUUCUGCUACGUGCGCCGCGGCGGCUGGAGGUACAUGCUGGGCCUGUCGGUGGUGCCGGCGGCCCUGCAGUUCGUGGGCUUCCUCUUCCUGCCGGAGAGCCCGCGCUGGCUCAUCCAGAGGGGCCUCACCCAGAAGGCCCGGCGGGUGCUCAGCCAGAUCCGCGGGAACCAGAACAUCGACGAGGAGUACGACAGCAUCAAGAGCAGCAUCGAGGAGGAGGAGAAGGACUGCGGGGGAGGAGGCCCGGUGAUCUGGCGCAUGCUGUCCUAUCCCCCCACGCGCCGGGCGCUCAUCGUCGGUUGCGGACUGCAGAUGUUCCAGCAGCUGUCCGGGAUCAACACGGUCAUGUACUACAGCGCCACCAUCCUGCAGAUGUCGGGAGUGCGGGACGACAAGCAGGCCAUCUGGCUGUCGGCGGUCACCGCCUUCACCAACUUCCUGUUCACCCUGCUGGGGGUGUGGCUGGUGGAGCGGACGGGCCGCCGGAGGCUGACGCUCGGCAGCAUCAUCGGGACUGCUCUGAGCCUGUCGCUCCUGGCCGUCGGCUUCCUCCUCUCCGCCCAGCACACGCCCCCCGUCACCCUCCGCCCCGCCCCGCCCCCGGCCCCGCCCAACUCCACCUGCGCGCGAUACGGGUCCUGCGAGCCCUGCAUGCUGGACCCCGCCUGCGGGUUCUGUUACCGUGAGAACGGCAGCUCUGUGUUCGACACUUCCUGCGUACCCGCCAAUCAAGGCUUCACCGGGGAGGCAGCCUGGGGGAGGUGCUCCAACAGCAGCCAGGCGGGAGACGGAACGUUCUGGGCCUACAACUACUGCCCCACCUCGUACUCCUGGGUCGUGCUCCUGGGCCUCAUGCUCUACCUGGCCUUCUUCGCCCCGGGAAUGGGCCCCAUGCCCUGGACGGUGAACUCUGAGAUCUACCCGCUGUGGGCCCGGAGCACGGGGAACGCCUGCUCGGCCGGCGUCAACUGGACCUUCAACGUGCUGGUGUCCCUCACCUUCCUGCACGUAGCGCAGUUCCUCACCUACUACGGGGCCUUCUUCCUGUACUCGGGCCUGGCCCUGCUGGGGUCCGCCUUCGUCUUCGGCUGCCUGCCCGAGACCAAGAGCCGGCGGCUGGAGGAGAUGGAGGCCCUGUUCGAGGGCGGGCUGUGCACGUGCGGCGCCACCGACUCGGACGAGGGCCGGCAGAUCGAGUACAUCCGGGUCAAAGGGAGCAACUACCACCUGUCCGACAACGACGCCUCCGACGUGGAGUAGCUCCCCGUCCCCACCCCCUCCCACCCCACAGCCUCGCUCUCUCUUUCUCUCUCUCUCUCUCUCUCUCUGUCUCUCUCAGCCUCAACGCCUUCUGGGAAAUGUAGUCACGUCACUUACAUUGAGGGUUCCAGUAGGACGUUGGGGAUUGGAGAUUGGGGGGAGGUAAACGGCCAUUGGAACACCCUUCUGAGGAAACUAACGAUCUGACAGCAUCUCUCAAACGCCGUAGCAAUGCUUUGAGAGAGGCUCCUCCUCCGACCCUACCCUACUAACAUCUCGCCGGGCGAAAGUGCCUGGUCGGUUGAUUAUCGCUCAUUACGUUUCCAUUGUGUACAGCUGGAUAUUUACCGCGGUUCGGGUUAAGUGCCGUGCUAGAGAGCCGAACGGCAGCGCCCCCGCCUGGUGGGAGGACCUGCCACCGUGCAGAAUGUAGCGGUAAUGUAGAGACUCACUGUACGUGACAGUGCCAGGAUUUUAUUUUUAUUUUUUGCUUUUACGAGUCAUGAACUCGAACAAUCAAAAGAUUACACGUUAAUUAACGGCACAUAAAAGUACUUUUGUGUUACCGUGUAACAUGUCUGUGCUCUCGACAUUACAUCAGAACGGUUCCGGGUGUGACUCGUUGAAAAACGUCCGUACUCUGAUCUCGGACCGAUUGCGAUGGGCAGGGCCGCACGACACUCGGCCUCGGCCUCGCCGGCUUGCCUUUUCCCCUCUGAAUUUCACCCGGGCUCGACGCGUCGCCGAGAAAAACAUAGCUAGAAAAAAAAAACGCCACGCGCUCGUUUUCGCGUAGCGGCGCUGAACCGGUCCGCUAAGUUCCCGCGAAAACGAGACGGGCCGUCGGGUCGAGGUUCCCCGAGCUGCCGGGUUUCCCGCUUCGCCCGGUCAGAUCUCCUCCCCCAC